UCCACGGUGGCUGGUUACUCCCGCAGUCGGAUCAGCUGGGCGGUCCGUGCGGACAAACAUCAGCUGAGUUCAGUCCAGUCUGGCAUGAUAUAAACUCACACCUUUCAUGUUUAAAUAAAGUCUUAGUGACGAGUUUCGCCAUGUGGAUUACUCCAGAGGAAGUGUUACUGGCGAACGCGCUGUGGGUGAGCGAGCGCGCGAAUCCUUAUUUCAUUCUGCAGAGACGCAAGGGACACGGCCGCGGAGGAGGAAUCACGGGUUUGUUGGUGGGUACGCUGGACGUUGUGUUGGACUCCAGCGCUCGUGUCGCCCCGUACAGAAUUCUGCAUCAGACAGGAGAGUCUCAGAUCUUCUGGAACAUCGCUUGUGGUUCGUCUCGUAAGGAGAUCACUAAACACUGGGAGUGGCUAGAGGCAAAUCUGCUUCAAACUCUCUCCAUCUUUGACAAUGAUGAUGACAUCACCACAUUUGUCAAGGGUAAAAUACAGGGCAUCAUCGCUGAGGAAAACAGAGGCAUCAGACCUCUGGACGACGAGGAUCCUGGGAAAUUUCGUGAAGCCGAGCUGAAGAUGCGGAAGCUGUUCGGAAUGCCGGAGGAAGAGAAGCUGGUGAAUUAUUAUCCCUGCAGUUACUGGAAGGGCAGAGUCCCGCGACAGGGCUGGAUCUACCUGUCCGUCAAUCACCUGUGCUUCUACUCAUUCCUGCUGGGGAAAGAGGUUUCACUGGUGGUCCAGUGGACAGACAUCACACAGUUAGACAAGAACGCCACGCUGGUUUUCCCGGAGAGCAUCCGCGUCAGCACGCGGGACACCGAGCAUUUUUUCUCCAUGUUCCUCAACAUCAACGAGACCUUCAAACUGAUGGAGCAGCUGGCCAACAUCGCCAUGAGACAACUGUUAGACAACGAGAGCUUCGCUGCCGACCGCUCGCUCCCCAAACCCUGCAAGACCCUGAAGAACGUCUCCGCUCUCAAGAGAGAUUUGGAUGCCCGGGCGAAGAACGAGCGCUACAGAGCGUUGUUCAGACUCACGCCGGACGAGCGUUUGGACGGCCACACAGACUGCACGCUCUGGACUCCAUUUGCCAAGAUGCACGUCGUGGGCCAAAUGUUUGUUUCCAACAAUUACAUCUGCUUCGCCAGCCGCGAGGAAGACUUGUGUCAACUCAUCAUCCCGCUGAGAGAGGUGACUAUAGUGGAGAAAGCCGACAGCAGCAGCGUGUUGCCCAGUCCUCUCUCCAUCAGCACUAAAAACAAGAUGACCUUCCUGUUCGCCAAUCUGAAAGAUCGCGAUUUUUUGGUGCAGCGAAUCUCAGACUUCCUUCAGCGGACGCCGGACAGACCCUGCGGACUAAGCGUUCAAUCUGAGAACCCCAGCCCGAGCACGCCUCCCUCAUGGCCGCCGUCUCCAUCGCUGGGAGCAGGAGAGAUACCUCAAAGCAAACACUUCAGCCCCGAUCUGCUCACCGCCAAACAUGGUCUCCUGAAGAUCUACCAACAGGACGUUCCGGAGGAGCUGGGACCCAAAGCUACGAGAGAGAAAAUGAAAGAAGAAUCGUGGAACAUCCACUUCUUUGAGUUUGGACGUGGAGUUUGCAUGUACCGGACGUCUAAAACCCGAGAGCUGGUUCUGAACGGGAUACCAGAGAGUUUGAGAGGAGAACUCUGGCUGCUCUUCUCAGGUGCACAAAACGAGAUGGCCGCACACCCAGGUUACUAUGGCAGUUUGGUUGAGCAGGCCAUGGGCAAAUGUACCCUAGCAACAGAGGAGAUCGAGAGAGAUCUUCAUAGAUCAAUGCCCGAGCAUCACGCGUUCCAGAACGAGAUGGGCAUCGCUGCCCUCAGACGAGUUUUGACCGCUUAUGCGUACAGGAACCCGGGCAUCGGGUACUGCCAGGCGAUGAAUAUUGUCACGUCUGUGUUGUUGUUGUAUUGUAAUGAAGAGGAGGCGUUUUGGCUGCUUGUUGCUCUGUGCGAACGAAUGCUGCCCGAUUAUUACAACACUAGAGUCGUAGGGGCGUUGGUGGAUCAGGGCGUGUUCGAGGAGCUCACCCGUGAGGUGUUGCCGUUGUUGUACGAGCACAUGCAGGAUUUGGGCGUCAUCUCCACCAUCUCUCUGUCCUGGUUUCUCACUCUCUUCCUCUCCGUCAUGCCGUUCGACAGCGCCGUGUUGCUGGUCGACUGUUUCUUUUACGAGGGCAUUAAAGUCAUUUUCCAGGUGUCUUUAGCUGUGCUACACGCUAACAUGGAUCAGCUGCUGGCGUGCUCCGAUGAGGGAGAAGCCAUGACUAUUCUGGGCAGAUAUCUGGAUAAUGUCGUGAAUAAGCAGACCGUUUCUCCACCCAUUCCCCACCUUCACGCCCUGUUGACCAGUGGCAACACCCCUCCACCUGAGAUUGACGUGUUUGAGCUCAUUAAAGCAUCCUAUGAGAAGUUUGGCAGUCUGCGUGCUGAUGUCAUCGAGCAGAUGAGGUUCAAACAAAGGUUAAAGGUCAUCCAGUCAUUAGAAGAUACAGCCAAGAGGAGCGUGGUGCGAGCCAUCAUGACAGAAUCUGCCUUCACCAUUGAGGAGCUGGAGGAGCUUUAUGUUCUGUUUAAGGCCAAACACAUCAUGAGCUGUUAUUGGGGAGCGAGCAGCACGGCGGCGGAGCGUCACGACCCCAGCCUGCCGUAUCUUGAGCAGUAUCGCAUUGACUGCGGUCAGUUCGCUCAGCUCUUCUCCGCUCUCGCGCCCUGGAGCUGCGGUCUUCACUCCAACACGCUUGCCAGCAGACUCUUCCGCCUGCUCGACCAAAACAAAGACUCCCUCAUCAACUUCACAGAGUUCGUCACCGGUCUCAGUGGGAUGUAUCAUGGAGAUAUGACUGAGAAACUCAAACUACUCUACAAACUGCACAUGCCGCCUGCGUUGUGCCCAGAGGAGGCGGAGUCAGCACUAGAGGCAACACAGUUCUUUACAGAUGAUGACACACCGCAAGAUCCUCCCUUCCUGUCUCAUCUGGACUUCCUGGCACAGGAAGUGAUGUCAGGCGAGGAGCUAAAAGAGGGAGGAGAUGGAGCCACCGGUGACACCGAUGAAAAGAAAGAAGAGAAGCCAAAGGAUUAUAAAUACUAUCUGAGAAUGUGGGCCAAGGAAAAUGAGCCAAAGAAAGAGAAUAUCAAAGAUCUGCCGCGCAUGAAUCAGGAGCAGUUUAUUGAGAUGUGUAAAACUCUGUACAACAUGUUCAGCGAGGAUCCGUCGGAGCAGGAGCUUUAUCACGGCAUCGCCACCGUGGCCAGUCUUCUGCUGCAGAUCGGAGAAGUGGGAAAGAAAUUCACCAACAACGGCGGCAAGAAAGCCGAAUCCCAGCCGCCCUGCAUGACGGACGCCCCGCAGCCGGAGAGAGAAGACUCGUCCAGUGAGGUCUGCAAAGCCCUGGCGGAGGCUCAGCUGGAGACGCCCCCUCCCACGGCGAACGGCUCAGACGAAGACACCAAAGACGACACGUCCGUGUCGUCUUACUCCGUGGUGAGCGCCGGUUCGCUGCAGUGCGAGGAUAUCGCAGAAGACACCGUUCUGAUUGGCUGCAUGGGAGGGGAGGGGGCGGAUCGGAGGAAGGUCAGCGCGCCGGACGGCGAUUGGUCGAUCACGUUCGAGCAGGUGUUAGCAUCAUUCUUGACCGAAACGUCGCUGGUUGACUACUUCGAGAAAAAGCACGACAUUCAGAGCAAAAUGAUGGCGUGCAAGUCGCUGAGAGCUGUGGAGAGACAGACUAGCACGUCGAGCGAUCUCGAUUUCUCUCUGUCUGCGCAUUGACACGCAUCAGACACGCAUGAACAAAACAACCAUCGGUGUAUGUGUGUGUAUGUAUGCAUGUCGUGACGGACGCAUCGGGAGUUUGAUACUUCUAGUGUCUCAAUUAAUGUGCUUUCUGUACCUCUGAGCUGUCUGGCUUUGAUGGUUUUCAGAUUUGAAAGCCAUCAGCUCGCAGGCCUGGAAGCAAGGAUUAUGGGAUGUGGAUGUAGGCUAUAAAGCAUCUUGUUUGGUACCUUCAUGGUUUACGGUAUAUGAAAGCUAUAUUAUCUACAGAAAGAACGUAUGCUAGACCGCGUUUAGUCGCACCGUAAAGACGGAUGAAAGAAUCGUCACACUAAUCGUUUGAUUUGCACACUCGUCUCGAGAGAUUAUCGCACUCUGAAGUGUAUGUCACUAAUGCUUUCUUGCACGUGCGACGUAUAUUUAGUGUACUUGGCAGAAAGAAAGUGUCCUUGAUGUGAAUACGAAGCGUUCACUUUUAAUACUCGUUCCUCUGAUGGUCAUUCUGCACACCUCAAAGCCCAUAUAACGUAAUAACCUGUGUGUGUGUGUCGCUUAAAAAACAAAAAAACGCUUUAUUGUUUCGAAAUAGUUCAUUGCCUUAAACUAGAAGACUCUCGUGCUGAAAGUGUUGUACAUAAUUUGUGUCAGGAACAGACAGCACUGAUGUGUCGUGCAACAUGUAGCUAUUUUAUUCAACUUUAUAAUGUCCUUCACUAUAGAAAUCAAAGCUGGUUUCUGCUUAUUUUCUUAGGAAAGUCACCGGUGUCGGGCCAGCGUGAGUGCGUACAAUCAUCAAACCUCAUGAAACUAUUCCUGUGUGAAUUGUUGCGUUAAAUAAAAAAACUGUUUUAAUUUGUGUGUAAAAUGUUGCUUUGAAGAAAUCAGUCAUCGGGUCGUUAAUAUAUGUGUAAUUGAUCAGCAUUGUUUUUUUGUUUAAUGCAACAAUUUAUGCACUAAUGAUUUUACCAAAUGUUCACACAGAAAUUCAUUUCGCUUGUUUUAGGAAUGAUUGUCGGUGUAUUUUGCAAAGUUACAAACUAUAACCUUAAAGACUCUUGAUUUUUGUCUAACGUCUAAACAAUGUUGGGAUGAAUCUAGAAGCAUAUCUUCAUCACAUGACUGAAACACUUCCACAUCUUCUCAAUCUGUAAAUAUAGUUACGCAAUGCAUUAUAAAUGAUAUUAGAUGAGGCUUUAACGUCAAAUCUUAUGCAAUGAUCUAUUCGGUUCACUUUCCGUCGUGUUUCGCUUCGCUUCGUUUAUCCCAUCACAUAAUCUGUUUCUAUUCUGAAUUUGUCGUUUUUAAUUGUUGUUGUUUUUUUGUACUCAUAUAAGCUUUAAUUUAGGCCUCUUCUGAAGAGAUUCUGUAAGGCCUCAGUAUUAAUUUUCAGAUGUUUAAAGAUUAAGACGUGGCCUAAAUGCAGUCAAUGAAAGCGUGUAAAUGAGGGCAAAUUUUUUAAUAUUUGAUGCAGAAUUAUAAUUACAAAUCACUUGUUUUUAAAAAGCCGCUGACGCAAACACUGGCUAAUUUAUGAAAAUAUUUUUGAUUUUGUUUGGAAUGGAGCGAAUAUAAUCCACCGAAAGCGUGCUUUUAUUUUGUCGCACCAUGAAUCUGAUUGUGAAGCAGCGCUGCACCUCUGCCUCGUGACCUCUGUCCGACUGUGAAAACAACUGCUUGAAUUCACUGUGUCUGAUUCGUUCACAGACUAACACUGUUUCUCCUUUCCUGCAUCUCACAAAAAAACGAAUCUGUAUUUUCUCACUGUGGAGAGUUUGUGUCUGAUGUUAUAAUCUGUCCAUCCGUUUUAAAACGUAUUGUUAUGAACCAGUAUUGUGUAAUAUUCUGUAAUAAAAGACGCGUUAUGGA